UUUAUAAUACAAUACAAUAGAAAAUGGCAUAAGAAUUAAAUAAAACAAUCACAAACUCAAAAGGUUUAAUCAGUUUUACCAGUUUUUUACAGCAAGAUGGUACAGCGACUGAUCUUGAUUUUUGGCUUAUGCACUUUGGCCUCCGCCCUCCUCAGAGUGCCUGGGGAGAAUUUUGAUCCCCAGUUUAGGAUAAUGAAAGGAGAGAUAAGUUUUGUUCCUUACUAUGUAUAUCUAGAACUGGCGUACCGUAGUAAAGAAGGCAGAAUUCGCGCGUUUAUUUGUGGAGGAUCCCUUAUAUCGGAGAGACACGUUUUAACCACCGCGCAUUGCGUCAUAAACAAUGCUUUGCAGUGUCAAAGAGUGUUCUACAUUCUGGCUCACUUUGGCAUACAGAGACAAAACGACAACACAGAAAGGAGAACUAUUUUAGCAGAAGAUGUUCACGAACACGAGAAGUAUGACUGCAAUCCCGCAUAUUAUGAUGUGGCCGUCCUGGUUUUGAAAGAAAAAGUUGAAUAUUCUACUUAUAUUAAACCAGUAGAGCUACCAGGACCAGGGCUUACAACCUUAAUGUUAGAAAACCAAAAAGCUAUAGUCACCGGAUUUGGUAAAGACGAAAACGGGGUAUUUCCAACUUACUUGAAAUCUACCAACGUCACAAUCCAACCACGACCGUUUUGUGCUAAAUAUAAGGUGCCCACAGAUCACAUUUGUACGGAUCUUAAAGAUCAUAGAGGCGAUUGCGGAGGGGACAGCGGUGGACCUGUCGUGAUCAACAAUACUGUGAUUGGACUUAUAUCAUAUGGUCCUAAUACGAAUAAACAAGUCGCUUGCGAAAAGGAUACAUAUAGUGCAUAUACUAGUGUUAUAGCUUAUACUAGUUGGAUAAAGAAGCAGAUGCAAGCUCAUGCUGGAUAAGAGAUUCGAUUUAACAGUGAAAUUGGAAAUAUUUUAGACACCACAGGUUUAAAUAUAUCUGUAUACUUUUUUAACAUUAUGUUGAUAAAUAUAAAGUAGUUUUAGAGCA